GAAAGAAGAAAGUAUGAUACGCGCUGCGCGAGGGCGGUUUUGUUCCACGCUAUAAGGAGGGACGGAACACGACGCGCGGCACUUUGGACCGAGCCAUGGCGGGUGCAGCGAUCCUGGCUGUCGUCAUACUCGCGGGCGCUACCGUCUCCAGCGCCCAGCUGCGCGACUAUAGGCUGCAGAACCUGGACCUCAUUAGGAUCCUCACGCAGAAGCCCUGGCACCGCUAUGACGAGGAGCUUCAUCCACGGUACACGGAAGAUGAGGAUUCGAGGAUCUACUCCGAUGACUUCGUUAAAGCCGGUUCGGACAAGAGGUCGGCAGUGGCGACGGCGCUGAACGGCGGGCGGCGGCGGCGGCAACCCGCGCCCGCGCUCGGUGUGCUGAACGACGUGGGGACAUUCUUCGACUCUCUGCGCGACAACCUGGAGACCCUGGCGUCCCUGUCGCCGCAGCAGCGCUCCACGCUGUUCCAGGACCCACCCUCUGUAGUGCAGACUACUUAUACUGGUGGCAGCGGCGGUGGCAGCGGCAUCAGGAAACUCCACGCACUCAGACCACUCCGACCUACGGGAAACAUUAGAUCUUACAACCGCAGAUCGGAUGUGGAGGCGUAUGGCUACCCGGGGGCAAACCACCAUGACCCGGGGCUGCUGUGGACCGGCCUGGGCCGGUAGACCGGAGGGCCAGAAGGACCAGAAAGACCAGAAAGACCGAGAAGACCGGAGACGCGUAGCGUGUCCCGACCAACUCUCGAUUUCGGAAAUAGAAUUGCUCUUUUUAAUCUGCACCCAAUCUAACAUAGAUUAUCAUAAAUGUAUAGACAAUUUUCACAAGCUAAAUCAAUUGUAUAACUUAAAUGUAGAGCGACACAAAACUAAACAUCCAACAAGAUUGUUCGGCUAUUACUGAUGUUAUCGAUGUAUUUUUGAAUUUUUUAAAAUCUGAAUUGAAAAUGUAAAACAGUAAACUGUAACACUUCGGCAUUAAAAUGAUUAGAAUGAGAGAUGUAGCUAAAC